AAGGGGGCGGGGCGAAGGCGAGCGAGUGGCGGGAGGCUCCGUGUGUCGUCGUCGUUGUUGUUUGACCGUCGCCGCCUCCCGUUUUGCUGUCGAUUAUCCGUUGGGGGCACAGGUGGUGUAUCAGCCAGUCAUCUCGGUCAUCUCAGUCAGUCGACCCGUGGCACCUGGGUCUGCCCCGUGACCUCCUGCCAGCGGGCGUUUGACACUUCACGUGGCCUCAAGCAGCUGAACCGCCUGCCCGCACACUCCCAGCAAGAUGAGCUUCCCUGCCCACGAUUGGAAGGAAUUUGCGGAGAAGGAUGUGGACGAGGAGGAAGAAGAGGCGGCGGAGGGGCAGGGUAAUGGGGGCCCCUCGGUCAGCCGAGACAGCCUCGUGUUCCUGGUGGACGCGUCAGAGGCGAUGUUCAUCAAGGAGGAGGACUCCGAGCACAGCCCCUUUGAGAUGAGCAUCAAGUGCGUGCACAGCGUGUACCUCUCCAGGGUGAUCAGCAGGGAGCGCGACCUCCUGGGGCUCGUGUUCUUCGGCACAGAAAAGCACACCAACGAGCUGUUCAAGCACGUGUACGUUUACCACAGCCUCGACAUUCCCGGCGCAAGCCGCAUCCAGGAGCUGGCCCGGCUGACGAGCUGCGACGUGCGGUCCAAGGUGGAGUCGCUGCUGGGUCACUCGACCGACUUCUCGCUGCGCGACGCAUUCUUCACCUGCUCACAGCUCUUCAGCGCCUCCAAGGACCGGCUGAGCCACCGGCGGGUGUUGCUGCUCACGAACCAGGACGAGCCGCAUGCCGACAAUGCGGAGCGAGCCAAGCUGGCGCGCACCAAGGCCGCUGACCUGCGCGGCAUCGGCGUGACGUUGGAGGUGCUGCCGCUGGGCAAAGCCGGCGGGUUUCGCAUGGACGCCUUCUACCGCGACAUCGUCAGCGAGGAGGAGGGGGGGGGCGGGGACCCCGGAGCGUCGCGCGACCCGGCGUGCCGCCUCGGCGAGCUCCUGCAGGUGGUGCGCACCAAGGAUUAUCCGAAGAGGGCGAUGGCUCGGCUGCCGCUGAAGCUGGGCGAGGGCUUGAGCCUGGGCGUCGCCGUGUACACGCUCACGCGCACUGCCCACAAGUCCUUUCCCGUAAAGCUAUACCGCGAGACUAACGAGCCCGUCAAGGCCAAGAAGCAAACCUUCCACGCCAAGACGGGCCGCCUGCUGCUGCCCAGUGACACCAAGAAGUCACAGGUGUACGGCUACAGACAGAUCGUGCUGGAGAACGAGGAGGUCCAAGAGGUUAAGAAGUUCUUUGACCCGGGGCUGGUGCUCGUUGGCUUCAAGCCCAUGGAGUAUCUCAAGAAGCAUCACCACCUGCGUCCCACGCAGUUCAUCUACCCCGAAGAGAGCCUCUUCACAGGGAGCGCGCGUCUGUUCACGGCGCUGCUAACGCAGUGCCUGAAGCGCGGCGUGUGGGCGCUGUGCCACUACACGCCGCGCCACAAUGCGCAGCCGCGCUUGGUGGGGCUGCUGCCACAGGACGAGGUGAAGGAGGAAAACGGCGCUCAGGUCACGCCGCCCGGCUUCCACAUUCUGUUCCUGCCGUUCGCUGACGACGUGCGCAAUGUGCCGAAGCUGGAGGGUGUUGGCUGGGCCAGUCGCGAGCAGGUGGACAAGAUGAAGGCCAUCGUGGAGAGGCUCAAGUUCACGUACAGGAGCGAGAGCUUUGAGAACCCCUCGGUGCAGCAGCACUACCGCAACUUGGAGGCGAUGGCGCUCGACCUGGAGAUGCCAGAGGCCAUAGUGGACUACACACGGCCCCCCGUGGAGCGAAUCGAGGAGCGAGCCGGCACCCUCAUCAGCGAGUUCAAGGAGCUCGUGUUUCCCCCGGGCUACGAAGCGGGACAGCCCAGCGGCGUCAAGCGCAAGUCAGCGGUGAGAAAAACAGAUAAGCCCAAGGUGGAGCUGGUGCUGAGUAACGAGGACGUGCGGGCGAUGGUGCUGGACGGCUCGCUGGUGCGCCACACCGUGGCAACCCUGCGGGACAUCUGCAAGCGCUUCCAGCUGCGCCACCCGGGCAGCAAGAAGCAGGACCUCAUCGACUCCAUCACCAACUACUUCAGCAAGACCGAGCCGAUCUAAGCUCACGGUGACACGUAGGGUUGUCGUCCCCUGUCUCUAAAGCAGAGGCCGUUGCGGAUCGGUGACAAGGCGAGGUGGGCAUCGUGUAACCUGUGCACGUGGCGCUUGGGGUUAGGGAUUCGGAGUUAAGGGGGGUAGUGUUGGGGGUUAGGGAUUC